AUGGCCGAGAAUCAAACUCGGUCUGCCGCGGCUCGAAGUGCUUCUUUUGACCUCAAAACUGCCUUCUGUAGAACCGAGCGCUUUGCGACGGAACACAAUGCUACUAGGGUCUUGCGCCGCGCCCUUUUGAGUAUCACUACAGCUCAGAAGGUCAUCCGGACUUUCUCCUUCAAAACGUGUGAAAAUGCAACGACAGCCUUCACCCCACAGCCUGACAAAGCGACGAACUUGUCCUUAUUGCUUCAAGGAGUUUGCAAAAAAAGACCACCACAGUCGCCACCUCCGGUCCCACACAAAAGAAAAGCCAUUUCGUUAGAUACUCUGCUACGCCACGUCAAAAUUCACGAGAGAGAAUCCGACCCACGGAGAUGGCGACACGCGUUCGUAAAUAAUCACAGUGUCCAGGGUUCUUGUCAACGCCUCUCAUAUCCAAAUGGCCCAGAUUCAACAAGCAUACCUAAUGUCUCAGAAGGGGUGGGCUUAGUAGAUACCACAACCUCACUCCACAUCCACCGAGCCUUCUCCAGCAAGACGUUCAAUUCGAGCACUGAUACUGACGGCCCAGCGUCCUCCUUUGCUCGGUCCUCCCAGGAAGGCUCGAACCUAACCACCUCCAGGACUGAUGCGGGAAACACUAAUGUUGAUUUCAGAUCUCUCACUGGCUCGAUCUGCUCGGAGGCUACAACAAGUCUGGGCACUACGGGACAGAAUCCAGAACUGGGGGUUUUCUCUCAAGCUCAUCAAAAUAGCAGUUGCAGUCCACUGACUAGCGCGAGCGGUUUAAAUGAAGCACACUACUCGCUAGAUACUUCGGACUGGUUUUUGGAGAAUGAGUUUUUCGAGCUGUUCGACUUUAAAAGCCUCCAAUCAGGACCGCUGGACGGUCAACUCGCGAGGGAGAGCGAUGCUUCUCCACAUAUACGGGACCUACGAGAUGUGUGGUAUGUUCCGGUGGCAAAAAAUGACAUUGAUAUCGGGACAAGUGCGAAUGCAACAUCAUCCAAGCAGGCAACAGAUCUCAGGGGCGACAUUGAUGAGGCCUAUCGUGCGGACAUGGCCACUACACUACUGCCUCCUGUCCGCAACGAGCCUCUGCCAUCGAUUGACCUCCUGAAUGUUUGCAUCCGUCUCUUUUUUACACGUAUAAAUGUGAUGCUGCCUCUUGUCCAUGGUCCGACAUUCCGAGCAACUCCAAACAACACCUUAUUAGUCCUGUCAAUAUGUUCGGCCGGGACUUUGACAAUGGAAUCAGGCAAUGCCGCCAAAGUGGGUUGCAUGCUUUUCGAACGGGUGAACAAAUCGGGCAUGACACUCCCUUGGGAAAGAAUUGUUUCUAGGCAGUUAGAACAGGCGCGCAGCAACCUGAAAGUGGCAGCAAUUGGGCAGACUUUUGCUCUUUUGUCGGGAGAGCCUGCCCAUAGGAUGAUCGGGAAUUCAUUUCAUGGAGGCAUGAUCGCCAGCGCCCGGCAUCUGAAACUCUUUGAUGACACGCCUCCUCUUGAACUUGCUGAUGAUCUAUCCCCAGGGGAUCUUGAUAAAGCAUGGAGAGCCUGGGCGAGCGAUGAGGAGAUGAAAAGAUUCGCACUUAUCCUGUACAUUCAAGACGCCGAAUUGGCCGCUUUAUUUCACCAAGAGCCCAAUUUUCGCCACAACACCCGCCCCCUGCCCACUGCUUCGUCGGCGGAAUUAUUUGCUGCUCCAACGGCGGCGGCAUGGGCGGCUAAAUACAGGGCAAUGCGAAAGCGAAAGGAUGGGCGGAACAACCUUCCAUCAGAGCACAGGGAAUUGGUUUCUGAAUCGGAAAGACCAGUGCAAAUCGAUUAUCGACACCAGCCAGACAUGCUCAAUGCCUACGCGAUCCUUUCUGGCAUAGGAGCCUCCAUCUGCGAAUUUCGACGUUUGGACCUUCUAUCAUCGGACCUAAAUAGGAAGCUGGGCGCCGACCUCGUCCAGUGGUAUGCUUCUGCCAGAAUUUUCUCUCAAGCUAGCGAAGAAUCUGAGACCCCAUCUGACCUUCCUAUCUCCUUAAAAAUUCUGUGGCACUACACGUUCAUAUCUUUGACAGUCGAUCUAAACAUUCUUGAGGUGGCCGUUGGGAGGGAAGGCCGUAACGGCAUCGUCCCGGAUGUCUGCGAGUACGUUCGGUCGUGGGUCUCGGCCUUGAACUCGAAACGGUCUCUUUUUCACGCCCUGUAUCUCCAAAACUUGGUCGUCUCAACGAAUUUGGGAUCCUCUACCGCCAUCCAUACGGCGAGGAUACUUUUUUCCGCCGCUCUUUGCUGGUAUUGCUACAUCCUCUACCUUCCCACCGCGGUAACCGCAACUGAAAUGGCGGUUAAUUCAAACCCUGACGAGGUCCUGGAAUAUUUGACACAGCUUCCUGAAUUGCGUCUGUUACGCACUGAAAGCGGCUCCUGCAGCCCGUCUUCCAAUCUGUGGCACAAAACGAUGUCAACCUUCCAAAAGAUCCUGGUGGCAACGCCUGCCGAAGUGAAGGAAAACACUCUGUGUAUCAUCGAAUCAGCUCUUCGGGGUCUAGGAACAAGCGGUAUAUCGAGACGCUUCGCAGAUAUCAUUUAUAUCUUCAUCUCAGGGGAAAUAAAUAGCUAA